CGUCCCUGUCCGACUUCUCUGUCCCUCCCCCUCCUCCUCCAUCCCCACUGUCCCGCCAUGGCCUCCAAGCUCGUCACCUACGCUGAGCUCAAGGAGCACAGCACCAAGGAGAGCCUGUACAUUCUGUUGCACGAGAAGGUGUACGAUGUCACGAAAUUCAUUGACGAGCACCCCGGAGGAGACGAGGUGAUCAUUGCGGAGGCCGGUCGUGAUUCCACCGAGGCCUUCGAGGAUGUUGGUCACUCCGACGAGGCUCGUGCCCUCCUCAAGGACUUGUUGGUCGGUGACUUCGAAAAGACGGACGAGCUUAAGACGAAGGGGCCUUCAGCGUCGUCCUCCUCCCACGGUGGUGCCGUUAACUCGGCUGUGGAACAGGGUUCGAACGCGAUGUACUUCGUCCCCCUCGCGGUGCUGGGUGCCUACUUCGCGUGGCGCUACUACUCCAGCGGCUCGAUAUGAGUUCUGGACUGCCUCUCUGGUUCGCCUCAUCUUAUCCUGCUUUACACAUUCUUUCGGUGUUCCUAUGUUGUGACUAGAUAUAUCCCUUAAUAUGCUUCUGUGCUAUCAUUUCUUAAGUGUGCCAUGCCCACCACCGGAGUGGAGAGCUCGAAAAUCAGGCAGCCCUCGUACGAUUGGACUUCGCGUACGUACGCCACUGUCGGCUAGGAUAUCGUACGACGCGUGGAAGGCUUCGCCUGUCGCUGUGAUAUACGUGUUCGGUCUCG